AGGAGGGACUGAUGGUUGCUUGGUAACAAGAUUGGGCAGCCUCAUGGUUAUUGAUUCACACACUGCAAAGCUGUCAGCUAAGCUCCUCCGGUGUCAACUACAAACGUCCCUUUGUGAGCCUCAUGGAGAGCAAACCCCACUCUUUGCUGCCGGAUUAGGUACUGCAGCAGGGGUGCUGAGGCAUGUCUUACAAAAGCAGAUUAUUAGUCAGGUUGGUGCCUACCUGGGAGCGUAUCAUACACUGUAGGUGGUCGCUAUCAGGCCUGUGACCAUUCUGCUGGUGCUCCCGGUCCUCUCAUGUAGCCCGCUGCCAGGCUGCCAUGCCCUGGAAAUGCGAGGCGGUGCCUGAUCCCAAGAUAUGCAGCCCGAGCCUGAG